GGACUGGGCUGGAACCGCGCGUGCCGCUCGCUGGGAGCCAGCCUGCGCGUCCGGAGCCGUGACCGCAGCCGGAGCUGGCAGGGGGCUCCCGCCCGGGCACGCAGUCGCCUCCCGCGGGCCUCCGGGCCUCCCCAGCGCCCGCCUCGCCCGCCCGGCCCCAGCAGGCGCCGCAGCCGUGGCCUGGGCAGGAGCGGCCGCCGCUAGCUGCGCCCUGCCCGGGACAGACGCCAGACGCCGGACCGCCCCGUCACGUGCGCCCAAGUCCUCGGCCGGCCGGGGGCAGCGCCGUUCCCAUGGUUCAAGGCUGUUGAUGGAGAAGGGGGCGGAUGACAGCCGGGACAGUGGUCAUCACUGGGGGCAUCUUGGCGACUGUGAUUCUGCUCUGUAUCAUCGCUGUUCUGUGCUACUGCCGGCUCCAGUACUACUGCUGCAAGGAAGAGUCGGAGGAGGACGAGGAGGAGCCUGACUUCGCCGUGCACGCGAACCCGCCUCCGCUGCCCUGCGGCCGCAGCCUGGUGCUCACCAACGGGCCGGCGCUCUACCCGGCCGCCUCCACCUCCUUCAGCCAGAAGAGCCCGCAGGCCCGCACCCUCUGCCGCAGCUGCUCCCACUACGAGCCGCCCGCCUUCUUCCUGCAGGAGCCCGAGGACGAGGACGUGCGCAACGGCGGCGAGCGCGUGGCCUACCAGAGCGUCAGCCAGGAGGACGCCGAGCCGCCGCCGGGGGCCUUCGGGGGCCUGCAGGCGCUCAACCCCAACCGCCUCUCGGCCAUGCGGGAGGCCUUCUCCCGGAGCCGCAGCAUCAGCACCGACGUCUGAGCAGCCCCGCCCGCCCGACGGGGCCCCCAGACCAUGGUGGGGUCCCCGGGGCGUGUCAGCCUGGCCCCGGGCCGGGACCCCGCCCAGCCCUCCGCGCCUCCCUGUCCCCACGGGGGCCAGUCGGGGAGCUCCGCGGCUCGCUGCAGGGAUAGGGCCCAGUGAGCACAAGGUGGCCGCCGGGGGUAGGGGGUGCGGGGCCUGGGGCUCCCAGGCGGGCGGGCACAGGUGAGCUCCCAGGUGUCAGUCCGCAGGGCAAGGCAGGGCUCUGGGGCCUCGACGCCAGGCUCCUGACGCUGAAGCUGCCGUCCAGCAGAGCUGCGGGGGGAAAGUGGCCUCCACCUCAGCCCCAGAAACUUGGCCGUCGCUGGCUGUGAGGCCGGGCCUGACCCCAUUCCCCGACACCCGCCCCCCCC